AUGGAGAACGAGAUAUCACGCCUCGAAGAUCUUUCGGCGGAAGACUUCGCAUCAGACUGGGUGAACAGGCCCUUCAUUUUGACGAAACCAGUCAAGCAUUGGCCAGUCUACAGAUCAUGGUCCACGGAACGCCUCCAGCAGAAGUACGGGGACGCCGCUUUUCGCGCAGAGUCCGUGGAUUGGCCGCUCAAGACCUAUCUCGAGUACAUGAACAACAGCCAUGACGAGUCGCCCCUCUACCUCUUCGAUCGAGCAUUCGUGGAGAAGAUGGGCUUGACAGUGUCGUCCUCACCAGACGUAAAAGCUGACUACUGGCCGCCUACCUGCUUCGGUUCAGACCUUUUCUCUGUGCUGGGUGAUCACCGACCGGACCAUAGGUGGCUGAUUGUCGGCCCUGAGCGCAGCGGCAGCACGUUUCACAAGGACCCAAAUGCCACAAGUGCUUGGAAUGCGGUGGUUAAAGGCAGCAAGUACUGGAUUAUGUUUCCUUCUUCGUCAUCACUUCCUCCGCCGCCUGGGGUGUAUGUCUCAGAAGACCAAAGCGAGGUCACAAGCCCGCUAAGCAUUGCAGAAUGGUUGCUCGGCUUCCAUGCAGAGGCUAGAGCCACGCCAGGCUGCGUAGAAGGCAUCUGUGGUGAGGGUGAAGUACUGCAUGUGCCCUCCGGCUGGUAUCACCUCGUCCUCAACCUCGAACCCAGCAUCGCAAUCACCCAAAACUUCGUCCCACGGAAACGAGUAGGAGCCGUGCUGCAUUUUCUGCGAGAUCAGAAACAAUCUAUCUCCGGCUUUAGCGAUGAUGUUGAGAAUCCGUAUGGCCUGUUCGCUGAGAAUCUAGCGGCAUCAGAUCCGGAACUGCUUGAGGAAGGGUUGAAGGAACUGGAGCGGCUCACGAAUGUAGCGAAUGGUAAGGGCAAGUGGGAGGCGCUGAAGGAGGAGGAGGAGGGUGGAUUUUCUUUUGGAUUUGGGGGAGAGGAUGAGGAGGACGGUGUGUAG